AAGCUUCUCACGCAUACUCAAGUUACCUUUUUCAUAUCACUAGCGAAAGGAUACCGCAGCAUCCAUGGCCCAAGUUCAUGCUGCUCUGGCGCUGUACAUCCUGCUCGUCCACGCCGUGGCUUGGCACGCGCAGGCGGCGUCGUACAACGUCGGGAACAGCGCCGGCUGGGAUAUCAGCGCGGAUCUCCCGUCGUGGGCCGACGGCAAGAAAUUCAACAUUGGUGAUGUUCUAGUGUUCCAGUACUCCAAGUACCACACCCUGGACGAGGUCGACGCGGCUGGGUUCAAGAACUGCAGCGCGGCCAACGCGGUCUUCUCCAGCAGCGACGGCAACACGACGGUGCCACUGACGGCGAACGGCGACCGCUACUUCAUCUGCGGCAACCAGAUGCACUGCCUCGGCGGCAUGAAGCUGCAGGUGCACGUCGGCCCGCCAGGCUCCGGGGCGGGCGGAGCGCCCGCCGACGGCCCGCAGGCGAGCCCGGGCGCCGCGCUCGGGCCGGCGGCUGGCACUGGGAGCACCGAUGACGCGGGCAUCCCCACGCUCGUGCUCGGCGGGUCGCAUCGGCAUCGGCUAGGGGCGGGGGCCGUGCUGCUGGCCACGUGGUGGAUGUGUGUAGCUCUUCUUCUGUGAUGAGGAUUAUUUUGUUACAAAUCAUGUUCGCAACUUGUUUGUAAAUUUCGAAUCUACGUAAAGUUGUAGAAAGAAAUACAUAUGUUUUUUUAAUCUUCUAAGGUCAUUGUUAAUCAAGAUGAUUUUGCUAGUGGUUAUGUUGACAAUUA